AGUCAGGGCAGAGCGCAGCGCGGGCAGCGGAGACCCGUGGCACACAGGCGUCCGGGCUGGAACGAGGCCCGCCGAGAUGGAGUUCCUGCUGGGGAAUCCGUUCAGCACCCCUGUAGGGCAGUGUCUUGGUUGCCUUUUUAUUCUGUUGUUUGUGUCUUUAAUGCAUGAUGGGGGCAGAGUUUGGUAGUGCUGAGAUCAAAGCCAGGCUUGGGGGAAGGGCCCCAUAUUCCAGGAGAAAUAUAAAGCAGUUUCUUUCUGAUUUCACAGAGAAGGCAACAGAUGGCUCCCUGCAGAGCGAGGACUGGACACUGAACAUGGAGAUCUGUGACAUCAUCAAUGAGACAGAAGAAGGGCCAAAGGAUGCCAUCCGAGCUCUGAAGAAGCGGCUCAGUGGGAACCGGAACUACAGAGAAGUGAUGCUGGCCCUGACAGUGCUGGAGACUUGUGUGAAGAACUGUGGCCAUCGCUUUCACCUCCUUGUAGCCAACCGAGACUUCAUUGACAGUGUUCUGGUCAGAAUUAUCUCUCCCAAGAAUAACCCUCCCACCAUCGUCCAGGACAAAGUGCUUGCUCUAAUUCAGGCAUGGGCAGACGCCUUUAGGAGCAGUCCUGACCUCACUGGUGUUGUACACAUCUAUGAAGAACUGAAGAGGAAGGGGAUUGAGUUCCCCAUGGCAGACUUGGACGCUCUGUCUCCUAUCCACACACCCCAGCGGAGUGUCCCAGAAAUGGAUCCAGCUGCCACCAUUCCCAGGUCCCAGUUACAGCCCAGGACAACUGCUGGCUCGUAUUCUUCACCUCCUGCAGCUCCCUACUCUACUCUACAGGCCCCGGCUCUGAGUGUGACGGGCCCCAUCACAGCCAAUUCAGAACAGAUUGCUAGGCUGCGCAGUGAGCUGGACAUUGUUCGGGGAAACACAAAAGUCAUGUCUGAGAUGUUAACAGAAAUGGUCCCUGGGCAGGAGGAUUCUUCUGAUCUGGAACUACUACAGGAGUUGAACAGAACCUGCCGAGCCAUGCAGCACCGCAUAGUGGAGCUCAUCUCCCGAGUGUCCAAUGAGGAGGUCACCGAGGAGCUGCUGCACGUCAACGAUGACCUCAACAAUGUCUUCCUCCGCUAUGAGAGGUUCGAGAGGUACCGGUCUGGCCGAUCCGUUCAGAAUGCCAGCAAUGGAGUACUAAGUGAAGUUACUGAAGACAACUUAAUAGACCUGGGCCCAGGCUCUCCCGCUGUGGUGAGCCCCAUGGUGGGAAGCACGGCACCCCCAUCUUCUCUCUCCUCCCAACUCGCAGGCUUGGACUUGGGGACAGAGAGUGUCAGUGGCACCCUCAGUUCACUUCAGCAGUGCAAGCCACAAGAUGGUUUUGACAUGUUUGCCCAGACCAGAGGAAACUCCUUGGCUGAACAGCGAAAGACGGUCACCUAUGAGGAUCCCCAGGCUGUUGGAGGACUCGCUUCUGCACUAGACAAUCGGAAACAGAGCUCAGAAAUGAUUCCCGUUGCGCAGCCCUCUGUCAUGGACGACAUUGAGGUGUGGCUCAGGACAGACCUGAAGGGUGACGACCUAGAAGAGGGUGUCACGAGUGAAGAGUUUGAUAAGUUCCUGGAAGAAAGAGCCAAAGCUGCAGAAACAGUUCCAGACCUGCCCUCACCCCCAACAGAGGCCCCUGCACCAGCCUCAAACACUUCAAACCGGAAGAAGCCAGAGCGGUCUGAGGAUGCGCUCUUUGCUCUGUGAGCUGUCCUGUGGUCUGCCGCGCCCUGGCAGGUCACUGCUGACUCUCCCAGUGGACACUGGGCACUGGCCACUCCCCCAGCCUGCAUACCUGUAUCUCCAUGGAAAUGCCACUGUGUUUGCACCCAGGCCACCCUGGUCAGGAGCAACUUUGCCACCUUCUCUCUGGGUGGCAACUGCAGCACUGACCAGAGGUCCUGUCCUCCCUCCCCCCGAGGGCCCUCGUGGCCUUCGGUCUUCCCAGAAAGAACCAGUGGCACAGCGCCAGGCAGGGUAGCCCCUUGACACUUUCUGGUCAGAACUCCUGAACUGACCCUCUCAUCUCCCCUUCCUGCUUCUGCCUAGCUCCAUGGCUUCCUUCAGGUGAGACACUGCUCCACUGGACCCCCUUCUUCCAUCAAGGAUUCUGAGAAAGCAGGGCUCAAGCGUUUGUAACUACAGACUUGGUUUCUCUCCUUGAACUGUGUGGUACCUGUGGCACUUAGUGUGUCUGUACUUGAGUGGGUUCUGUGGUUACUACCUUGAAGGGCCCUCAUGUCCCUGGCCCCUUCUCCAUCAGUCGACUGCCAGGCCUGGGACCAAGACAGGGACCUGUGGCUCUUGGUGUGACAGCAGCUGUGAGGGCAGCAUGUGCCCCGCAGAUGGUAGACGGCUUACUCCAGGCACGGCAUGCACACUCACAUUCAUACCCGGCCCUGGUGUCUACAGAGGGUUAUUUGCUAAAGCAACAUGACUUUAAUGCAUCCCAUGACUAGACUUGGUCUUCAACAGCCUCCGCAAGCUAUCUCUAGGCCCAGAAGAAGGUAGCUAUGGGCUGUGCCUGGAGGUUCCAGAUGACCAGGAGCCAUACUCCAGUCCUCUCCUCUCCCUGACAUGGCCUCAGCCUUCAUGGCUGUCCCCACCUCACAUAUCUCUAGCCACCAAUUCAUUCUGAAGCUUGCUAACAGCCUCAGUCUGAGCAAAUGAGAGCUGGCAAUGCCCGGCGGGUCUGGCAAGGCCUUAUCUGGCAGGACCUACGGAGGAUGUCAUUCAGGCUUGCAAAGGCAUCCAGGAAGCCCCUCCUGCAGGGAGCUCAGUUGACCUGCUGAAUGCCCAGACCUCUCUGAGCAUCUGUCUCACCUCCACCCUCCAUUCAGGACCCUUGGCCAACCAGAACUUCUCUCAGUGUUUCUCAAGGGCAGAGCCCUCAAAGGCUGGCCUGGCUGCUAAGGCUUCUGACGGCUUGUCACAUCAGAGGCGGCCAGGGAGCUCAGUGUACCUGAAAGCUUGGCCUUUGGCACAGUUCUAGAAGGGUUGUCUGUGAGAGUCAGCUAUACACAGCCUACAAGAGUUGGACAUGUAGGAAAUAGCAACCAGGCCAGCAUCUCUGAAUUAAGAGGCUGCCCCUGUUUAUGGAUGACAUAGAAAGGGAGAUAGGCUUCCAUCAGGGAGAGAGCCUGAUGGGGGUCCCCAACAAGGCUGUUCCUAGUACCAGUGUCCAGAGCUGUCCUCUGACCUCCUGACUCCAGCUGCUGGGUCUGACUGAAGCUGGGCUGCUGUGGGGGCAGCAGGUACUCAAGGACUCCCACCAGCCAUCAAGAGGCUACCUCUCUGGCUGGGACCAGCCCAGCUAGUGGCUUGGUUUGUGUUCUUCACAUCAUGUCUAGAGGUAGUCUGCCUUAUCUGUGGGCUGAAGUGACAUGUGCCUGAGGCCUUUACCAGAAGCAAGACUGGGCCUGGGGGUCUGAGGGGCCUGAGGGAGGUUCACCUCUUGUGAGCUGUCCUGUCCUGAGGACUCUUUCCUGCCUCUUCCCCACCAUCUGUGGGUAAAGUCCUUAGAAGCUGGGCCCUCUCAAGCCAGCAGUCUCUACAAGUGUUAGAAAUCACAGAUAGAGUGUGUACUUAAUUACACUAAAUUAUCGCCGGGACUCCUCAUAAGCACUAAUUACACCUGAUUAUAGGUUAAAAUAUUUAUUUUGUCAAAAUAUUUUCUUGAGGAUGUAUUUAACCUUUUUUUGUUCAUUGUGUGCUGAAGUGUGAAGACUGCUUCUUCCUACCUUUUUGGCCAUCAGGCAGCAGCGAAGGAGCGUCUCCGGGUGCCCUAGAGUGACCUCUGCCCAGGUACUAAGAAGGCAGACUGGAGUUGGGCCGAGAGUCACCAACUCAUUUAUCUGUGCACGGGACAUGGGGGCUUGGAGCCAAAAGGGCUUCUUGGUAGCUGUGGCCCCGGCCAGCUUCCACUUACUCUGUCAGCCCCUCAGUGUGAGAGACUGUGACUUGGCUCGUUACCCUCGUCCUACCCACCUAGCCCACGCUGUCUGCCACUACACUGCUCAGCCAGGAAAGUGGUGGCUGGACCCUCCGUGGCCCAGGGCAGUGAGCUCCUUUGUUCCACCACAAAGCUCCCCUUUCCACUGUCCUCUGGCUGAUGGCCUCUCAGAUGGCGCAGGAUAGGUACUCUGGGGACCAGGUGGUCCUAGGUGGCUGGGAGGGCAGAGUGGGGCUUUUGUUCCUGCCUGGCCAGUCUGCAGCCUCCCUGUGUUCUGCUGUAGGGAUGCCUGGGUCUCCCUGUGUGCUCAGCCACACAGGAGGCCAAUAGGGGAGCAUGUCUCCACUUGGAGAUCCUCCCUUUGUGGCCAUCUGGAACCUGCUUAGCCCAGUGCGCAUCCCCAGCCCUUCACGUUCAUGGGGUCUAAGCUAGGCUUCCCCUAGCUCCCAAGAAUAACUGUCAAUCCUCUGUCCUGACUGCUCCCUCCUGCCACACUCAUGCCCUCAGGCUCUCUGGGAGAGCUGGGUAGUUUCUUCCUAAAGUUUGCACUUCCUUUGUGAGGAUCUGAGGAUCUUUGGAGCUGCUGAAAAGAUGGUGUUGAGUUUGUUAUUCUGUUGUCUCACGAGUCAGAUUCUUGUCCCUGUCCUGUUUCUGUGGGUAGAGCUGCUUCUGGAGGGUGGCUCAGAGUGACAACUAUUGUGUCUCCCUACCCCACUGGUUCUGCUUCCAAACACUGUCUCUAAUUUGUGUUCUUGCAUGUAAAGUACUCCACAAUAAAUAGUUGAACCAGC